CGCAAUAUGACGAGUCGGUUUGUUGACAUCUCCACAGCAACGGCUCAUUUACAUGUUCUUUAGCAAAGGAACCAACCUGAGAAAGAAAAGAAUCGGGUUUUCAUCCCACCAUGACCUCUUCAAUCUUCUCGAGAGACGCACAGCUGAAGAGUAUGGAGUUGUCCAUAAGCAACACUGAGAAGUACAUGGGUCAGUUCUGCACACUGCUCGCUUCAUACACGCGUAAAACCGCUAAACUGAGAGAUAAAGCCGACUCGCUCGUCCAGCAGAUGCAGGAAUACGCCAGCACCGAAGGCCCCGAGUUCAGAAUCUGCCUGAAGAACUUGUCCGAAGAUUUGGCCAUGGUGCAAGAUUACAGACAGGCUGAAGUUGAGAGGCUGGAAACACGUGUCGUCUCCCCUUUAAAGGCUUACGGCAAUAUUGUGAAAACUAAACGAGCAGACUUGAAGAGGUUUAGUGUGGAUCGUAACAGAGAGAUAAAAGAGCUACAGAGGUUGGAAAAGAUCCGUCUGAAGAACCCAGCAGACAGACAGGGCAUCUCGCAGGCUGAAACAAACGUGCAGAAAGCGAGCAGCAACGCCAACAGGAGCUCCAGGCAAAUGGAGGAAACCAUCAUUGACUUCCAGAGACAGAAACUAUGCGAUGUAAAGAGGAUCUUCACCGAAUUCAUCAUGGUGGAGAUGCUGUUCCAUGCCAAAGCUCUGGAGGUUUAUACACACACCUUCAACAACCUGGAAACUAUGGACAUUGACAAAGAUCUAGAGUUUUUCAGGAAUCAAAUCCAGAUUUCUGCUCCUCUUCUGGAAAACUCUGCUCUUAUCGCCAGUCUUCCUCAAUACCUGAGUCCAACUCCGUCUCCGCGCUACACGCUGACGCACCAGCCGAGCCUCUCCAACUCCACCCGCAUCUCGGAGCAGCCCAAAAAGGCUCUGAGCAGAAAAUUCCAUAGACAGCAGGAGAUAGAUGAGGAGGAGGAAGAAGAGGAGGAGGAAGAGGAGGAGAGCUAUGAAUCGGAGGAAGACACGGAGCAGCCACAGACUUUCCGCCAAUCCUACUCUGCUCAGUACACCACAACUCUCAGACAGAAAUGAGAAAUAUAUAUAUAUACGUAUAUAUUUAUUUAUAUUUAUUGGUCAUGUGAUACGGAGCACAAUUUAUAGAUUUUGUAAAUGAUCUCAAUUGGAAGAAAAACUAAAUGUAUAGCGCUGUUCACCUUGUACAACAAUCUAAU